AUAGUGAACAUGUCCAAGCCACCUUCUCUUCCAUCACCAACACAGCCGAAAAAACAUCUAUCACGCCAUCCUCUUCUCUUUCAAGUCGUCUUCUUAUACAGAUCAAUCAAUUUUGUUGAUCAAUGUAGCGUCGCUAGUCUGCAAAGAGAUGUUUUCAGGACCAAUCCGGACACGCAAUAUACGUGAACACUACAACCACGCUUUGGUACGUGGCUUACGAAACGGCCUUCCUGUCAAAGGACCCUGGUACCGGUUUUCCUCUGAAUCGU